AUGAGGGAAGUCCGAUUCAGACUGUGCGCGUCGAUCCUGCAGAAGAAUCUCUUCAGCUUGGACGGUGUUCUUCGGAAGGCGCUGCUGAGCAUUCGCGCUUGUGGAACGAAGUUGGCGGCCUGUCCCCGCCUGCUGUUCCACGGCGAAGGCGCCUCCGCACUGGACCUGUUCCUCGAACUCCAAGCCUCUCGCCGCCAGCAACUGGUCGCCGAACUCCGUAAAGUCUGGCGAACCGUCACGGCCGAGGCCCAAGGCGAGUCGAUUCAGCGCCGCAAAAAACCUGAGACAAUUCACAACUCUUCUCUCCCGAUGCUCCUUUCUCCGCAGCUCUCGCGAGCGUGCUCGGAGUCUCUGCAAAGCUUUCUGGAGGAGAAUGGCUUUCCAGCGACGAAGAAGUCUGCUUUCGAGUCUUCUGGCAACUCUCUAGAUGUCCCCUUCACAAGUCGUCGCGGAGACGCGCCGUUGCGCAUUGGACAGCCUGACGAUUGCCCGGCGGCGAGGCUCAGCCGCGACGCGUCUGCGCUCUCGCGAGGCUCUCGAGCCUCAGGGCCUCCUGCCUCGUACACGGUGAAAGCCACCGCCCGCCUCCAGUGUCGGAAACUCGCAAAAUUCGUAAAGGUCACAGAGUAUCUCCUCCUCGACGCUCUCCUGACGUUUGUCAAAGGAUCGACGGCGCGAUUCGCCGCCUCCCUGGAGGCCUUCGCGAAGGCUGAGGCUCUCCCAAACGCCUCAGAAGCUUCCGCCCCGGCUGCGGAGCAGAUCGAAGUCCCUGCGUCUCCUACCGCCGAGUGGCGAGGAAGACACAGAGCGACGCGCAACGAGCAAAACGCCUGUCGAACCGCCACAGACGGCUCUCCUCCUCCAAGCGACAAAGCUCUCUUUCUUCUACAUCUUCAGAUCGACGUGAACGGCCUCACUGUCACUCCCAACAAGGCGGCAUUUCGCAGCGCAAUUGAGACUGUCCUGCUCGAGAACUUUAAAGCCGUCGCAACGACGCCGGCGCUCACGGAGGCCCCCCAAGUUGCUGCCUUCGUCGCGGAAGCUUCCCUCGGCGAGGCGACGGAAAAGAACGCUUUGCUGUUCGCCUCCUUCUUUCCGACAAACGACACAAGUUUUCUCGACCUCGUCAAACGCGUCGGAAAAACAGUGGAUACGCUCUUCAACCAAGUCCUGCAAACAGCCGAGCAAUUCAGUCACCUCGCCUGUCUGUACACCCGAUGUGAGGCGACGACGCUUGCCUCCUUCAAGGAGAACGACUUGGCGGCUUUUGACGACACACUGGCGCAGUACCUGGAGAAAAUCGAGGAGAUUUCUGCCAUGCCGCAGCAGCUGAAAGUCGGCGCGUUCUGCCUCGAUACCAGCAAUGUGCGAAAAGUUCUCCUUCCUUCACUCAAGCGAGUUGUGUCCGUGAUUCAAGAGCACCUGCCGACACUGGCAGGACGGGUGAUGACGACGCUGCUGCAGGCCAUCAAGGGGGCAACCACGAAACUGGGAGAAGUUCCGACAGACAUCGACUCGUACGUCCAGUUCAACGCGUAUCUUCAAGAAGUGAAGGGAUCGGUGUUCGGCGAGUACGAGGCGCGUUGCUCCUUUGUCAGCGAAAUCUUUGAUCUCGUAAAGAAAUUCUCUGUGAAGGUCGACGCUGCUCUCAAAGCGCAGUUUGUCGAACUGUCCCGGGCUCUCAGCACACUUCGAACGCAGAUCCAGUUUGCGGUCUCUGCGUCGGAGGCGAACACGGAGAGAUUUUUCGAGGAGCUCGAGGCUGCCAUCCCUGAAGUCGAGGCGAAGCUUUCCGAGGUGCACAAGCAGUUGGACUCGGUCGUCUUCUCAACAGAGACGGCGGACGUGGACGCAGUGCUGGCGGUGCUGGAAAGCCUCGACAACGACGUUCGAGCUGUCACUGCCAAAGUGGAAAGAUGCAGGAGAUGCCAAGAAGUCCUGCGAACAGAGACCUCGGCGUUUGUGGACUUUGACGAACUCGUUCACACGUUCAACGCACUCCAAACGUUCUUCACUGCCAAGAAGUCCUGGGCGUCACUCCGCAUUCAAUGGGGCAACCAGGCAUUCGCCGCCGCCGACGUCCACGCCAUUGAAGCUCAAGUCCAAAGUUACGUGAAACAGCUAAAUCGCCUGCAGAGGACUCUCGGCUCGAACGCAGCCUUCCAAAGCAUGCAGACGGACGUUUUGAAAUUCAGGUCGUUCCUCCCCGUUGUGGUGGCGCUGCGAAGCUCCGCGCUGCUGCCGAGGCACUGGGAGAAGAUUCAUGGCUUUUUCGAUGAGUCUCUCGAGCUGCAAAGCUCCUCGCUGCUCCUCAAGGAUCUCCUCAACGCCGACGUCACGCCUUUCGUUCAAGACAUCCUGCAAAUUGCCGCCGACGCGAAUGCAGAGAAGACACUCGCGGCGAUGCUGGAAAGCGUGAAGGAGACUUGGACGACUCUGCAGCUAGUCACCACCGUCUACAAGGCAUCGAAAGACAAGCUGCCGAUUCUCGGAUCGCUUGACGAGGUGCUCGCCGUGCUCGACGACUCCCUUGCGACGCUCGCAACUAUCUCAGGAUCCCGGGCCGCAAGGCCAAUUCAGGCAGACAUUGAGUUCGAGCACGAGAAGUUGCUUCUUUUUCAAGAGACCGUCGAAGAGUGGGAAGUGCUCCAGCGGAACUGGCUUUACCUGGAACCGAUCUUCGCCUCGGCAGACAUCCGCAAACAGCUUCCCUCUGAGGCCGCAAAGUUCGCCGGCGUCGACCAAGAGUGGCGAGCGCUGAUGAAGGAAACGCAGGAGUACUCUCUCGCCUUAGCUGCCGGGGCGAAGGAAGGUUGCCUGUCCACCUUUCGCCGAAUGAACCAAGUCCUCGACGCCAUUCGAAAGGCUCUGGAAGACUACCUGCAGCACAAGCGAGAAGCGUUUCCUCGCUUCUAUUUCCUCUCCAGCGACGAACUCCUCGAGAUGUUGAGCCAGGCGAAAAACCUCGCCGCCAUUCAGCCGCUGAUUCGCAAGUGUUUUGCCAACAUCUACGACCUCGGAAUUCAGGAAGAAGCGAAAGUAACUGAGAUCGUCAGCAUGAUUAGCGCCGAAGGAGAAGAGGUUCUGUUUGCCAAAGCGCUCAAGCCUCGAGGCUCUGUGGAGAAGUGGAUGCCUGAGGUCGAGGAAAUGAUGUUCUGCACCGUCAAAAGAAACCUGCGGUCGAAGCAUGGCGAAGCGGCGUUAGGCCGCCGGGAGUGGAUUUCGGAUACUCCCUGCCAGGUCGCUGCAUGCGUCGCACAAAUCCUCUGGGUGGCGCAGACGGAAGAGGCUCUCGCAAGCAACGACGUCCACUCCAGGCUGACCCAGCACUAUCAGCGGCUGGGCGAGCAGCUGCAAGAGCUCACUGAGAUCGUUCGCGACGACCUGACGAUGUUGGAAAGACGAACGGUCUCUGCCUUGGCCAUUCAAGAGUUGCACAACCGAGACGUCGUCGCGGAGCUCAUUGACGCUCGCGCAGAGUCCUGCACGCACUUCACCUGGACUCAGCAACUCCGACAUUACUGGGAUGGAGAACAAGACGCAUGCGUCGUCGAGCAGAUGGAGGCGCGCUUCGACUACGGCAACGAGUUCUUGGGGGCUCCAACUCGUCUGGUCGUCACGCCUCUCACAGAUCGCUGUUGGCUGACGAUCACCAGCUGCCUGAAACUUCUGAAGUUGAGCAGCAGCGUAGCAGGUCCUGCUGGUUCUGGAAAAACCGAGACGGUGAAGGAACUCGCGCGCAUGCUGGGCUACUUUUGUUUGGUCUUCAAUUGCUCGGAAUCGGUGGAUCUCUAUAUUCUGGAAAAAGUCUUUGCUGGAGUCGCAGCGAGCGGAUGCUGGACCUGUUUGGACGAAUUCAAUCGCUUGGACGUCGACGUUCUCUCGGUGGUCGCGCAACAGUUGCAGACGCUUCGGCAUUGCCUGUUGAAGGAAGAGAGCAGAGGCUUGGGAGCUCAGGUGCGAGGCGACGCGAAGAGCGGCAGAGACUCCUUCCUCUCUGCCUCGCGUCUGACGAGAGUUCUCCCUUCUUCAGCAAUUUUCAUCACCAUGAAUCCAGGCUACGCAGGCCGCACCGAGCUUCCUGACAAUCUGAAGCUGCUCUUCAGGAACGUCGCGAUGGUCGUUCCAGACUACACGGCCAUCGCAGAAAUUCUGCUUUUCUCCGAGGGAUUCGCCGACGCCAAGAGACUUGCAGAAAAACUCAUCAAACUCUACAAAAGCUGCUCGGAACAGCUCUCCCAACAGGCGCACUACGACUUCGGACUAAGAUCCGUGAAGACCGUUCUCCUUCUUGCAGGCGAGUUGAGGCGACAGGACCCCUCUGCAAAUGAAGAAAGUCUACUUAUUCGAGCGAUCUGCGACGCGAAUGAGCCGAAGUUUGUCGAAGAAGAUUUGCCUCUUUUUUACUCGACGCUCUCGGAUUUUUUUCCUUCGUACUGCGGCGAAGCAGAAAGCGACGAAGAGUUUAAAGAUGCCUACUUUGCUGCAGUUGAAGAGCGGGGUUUGCAGGCGUCUGCCUCGAGUCUGACGGCAACGCGUCAGCUGUCGCAGCUGCUGCUUGCGCGCAUGGGGACGGUUCUUCUGGGUGCGCCGAUGAGUGGGAAGAGCACCGCGAUUCUGCUGCUUGCAGACAUUCUUUCUCGUUUGCCUGCGGCUGGGGGGGGCAACGAGAUGUAUGCGGUGUAUUACCGAGUUGUGAAUCCGAAGGCGCUGUCGAUUUCUGCGCUCUUUGGAAAAGUCGAUUCUCUCACGCAAGAAUGGUCGGACGGAGUCGCAUCACGCAUGGUCAGAGAGUUCGCAGCGACCGAGACAGGCUCUCCGAAGUGGAUUAUCUUCGACGGCCCUGUCGACUCUCUCUGGAUCGAAAGCAUGAAUACCGCCUUGGACGACAACCAGAUGCUCUGCCUUCCAAACGGGGAGCGAAUCAAACUGCGUCCCGAGAUGCGACUUCUGUUCGAGGUGACGGAUCUUCAAGCAGCGUCUCCAGCGACAAUCAGCAGAUGCGGGAUGUUGCACUUUCCGAGCCGCGGCGUCUCCUGGGAGAGCCUCGUCCGCAGCUGGCUGAAUCGCCUUCCACACGAUCCCUUCACUGAAGAGCUCCGAGAAGACCUGUUUGAGUACUUCCGGCUCGUUGUUCCCGCGACUUUGACACACUUCCAGGCGGAAACGCUCGAGAGCGAAAUUGCGUCUCCCCUCCUUUCACUUGUGUCUUCUCUCUGCAACAUUCUGCAAGCUGUUCUCCACAUUCCUCUCGACCCGGCAGCCGAGCAAAGACUCGAAUCCGAUGGCCCCAAAGACGAUCGCGCCUUCAACGCAGGUCGGCGGCGAACGACAACGACGCCAUUCUCAGAAGCAGCUUCCCCUCGGCAUUCUGCAUGUUGCACUGCUCUGGAUAUUUCUCCGGAUCUCCUGCGACUCCUGCUUCUCCCUGCCUUCGCGUUCUCUUUCAUAUGGUCCUUCGGAGGAGCCUUGAAGUCGCGUUCCUCGCGUUUCUUCGGAAAGCUCGUGGAGGAGUUCUUUCAAGAUCGUCUUACGCUUCCUCGCGGAGACGACGUAUUCGACUUCGCUCUCAACUUUGAAUCCGUCUUCGGUGUAGGCUACUCCAAGUUCUUCUCCCAGACUUCCCCCUCUCGCGAAGCAUGCAGAGAGGGUGGCGGGGGACAGGUCAACGGCCCUGGCUCCGAGGAAGACCGAGAAGCUCUCAAGCGGACCAGGCGAAGCUCGGGAGCCGGCAGAACGACCUUUGGCGAAACGAAGUUCGGUACAGGCUGGGAGGCGUCGGAGCUGGAAAAAGCUCGAAAAACUCUGCAUGCGUUUCUCUCCUGGGAGGCCGUCGUCCCUGCCUUCUCCUACGACCCCCGUCAGCCGUUCUUCUCACUUCUCGUCCCCACCAAGGAGUUCGCAAGGGCCGCGUUUCUCCUCGAUAAAAUGAUCGAGGCGAAAAAGUCCGUCUUUCUCACCGGAGCAGUCAGUUCAGGUAAAACGACGGUGGUGACUCACCUUCUCGACGAAAAACGCGAGUCGGGGACGCUGCACACGAUUCGUUUGUGUUUUCCUGCCCGUACAAAGGCGGACGAAGUGCAACAGACAGUCGAGUCGAAGUUGGAGAAAAAAAGGAAAAAUCAGCUGAGUGCACCAGGAGGUCGCGAGUGUGUGCUGUUCGUGGACGAUGUGAAUCUUCCUUUGCCGGAAAAGACUGGAACUCAAGCGGCAAUCGAGUUCCUCAGACAAUUUCAGGAAUUCAAAGGAUUUUACGACAGCAAGAAGAUUCAGUGGAACGUCAUCGAAAAAUGUCUCCUUCUCCUCGGAGGAGCGCCGCCGUCGAGCGGUCGCAAGCCGCUGCCGCCGCGAUUCUGUCGCCACAGUCUCUCCCUUCGCCUCGCUGAACCUGACAACGUUUCCACGCAGAAAAUGUUCCUCGGCAUCCUCACAGGUUACUUCGAGGCUGAGGGUGUGAACGCCGACAUUCGCUUCGCCGCUAAACCUCUCGUCGACGCAACGAUUGAGCUAUACACUCAAGUCAAGGAAACGUUUCUGCCGACGCCCCCGCGCCCUGUCUACGUCUUCAGCUUCCGUAACGUGAAAACACUGUUUCAGGGGAUUCUUGCAGCGAAGAAGACCACCCUCCCUGACAGAGACGCUUUAAUUCGGCUCUGGAUUCACGAGGUGUGUCGAACGUUCUACGACCGCCUGAUGACCGACGAAGAUCGGCACCGCUUUCGGACCUCUCUGGUCUCGCUGGUGAACAGGAAGUUCUCCCUCGAGUGGAACGAAACCCUCCUCGUUUACCCCAGCUCUCGCCUCUGGGGCAACUUCGUUUCUCCGGAGAGACUCUACGAAGAAGCGCCUCAUCCGAAGCAGGUUCUGCCCAUCCUCGAGACCUUCCGCGACGAACUCUUCGCCUCCGGAGGCGCCACAACAGCCGGCGCUCGAAACGGAGACACUGCAGACACUGGAGACGCUGCAGACAGUCGCUCCACAGGUGCAGGAAGUCGGAGCGCAGGCAGCAGCCUCGUCUUCUUCUCGGAGGCCGUCGAGCAUCUUUUCAAGCUCUGCCGCAUCCUCAUGCUCGCGAGAGGAAACGCCCUCCUCGUCGGCGUCGGCGGAACAGGCAAACAGACACUCUUCCGACUCGCGGCGUUCAUCCAAGAGACAGCCGUGGUCGAGUUCGUAGCUGCGACGUCUUUCCAUUCUACAUGUUCUCUCGAGGAGGACUCACCUCCUCCAACGACUUGGACAGGCGAGCCUCAGCGGACGGAAACUUCUGUCAGCGUUCUCGACCAGUUUCGCGAGUGUGAGAAGUCCUUUCUGCUUCAGUCGGGACUCUCUAGAUGUCUCCCCACAGCCUUCCUUCUGACCGAGACGCAAAUCGUCGACGACGGCAUUCUGCAAGACAUCAACACUCUCCUCAGCACCGGCGAGAUUUCCUCAGCUUUGGAUGCGGAGACAGUGGACAAGAUUGUUGAAGAUCUUCUUCCGUUGGCGAAAGAGACGCGUCGGGAUACAAGUCGCGACGGACUGUUGCAGCUGUUCCAGGAGCGUGUUGCCCUCAACCUCCACGUCGUUCUCUCGAUGUCGCCGGCCGGCUCUGCGCUCCGCGAGCGUCUCCGGUGCUUCCCCGCUCUUCUCUCUUGCUGUUCGGUGGUGUUUUUCGACUCCUGGAGCAAAGAGUCUCUCUCCGAAGUCGCCAGGGACUUCUUCUCAGCUCAGGCCUCCGCGACGCAGGACGCUCCGGCCUCGAGUGGCGAAGUCCCCUUCGAGGACAAGGUCUCAGGCGAAAGCGAGAGCGUCUGGGAAGAGGUGCAGACGGCUUCAGGAGAGAACGAAUCGCUUUUCGAAAAGAGGAUUCGGGCAGCAGGAGAAAGAGAGGACGUUGAGGCAAAUGCUCAGCGCCGAGCAUACCUAUGCGUCCAGAUGCAUCAGAGUGCGAUAGAAACUUCCAAGGCGUUUCUCACGCAACUCAACCGCCCCGUCUACGUCACUCCAAAAUGUUUUCUCGACCUCAUCGGACUCGUCGUCAAGCUGAAAAACGAAAGACAAGACGCCUUGCAGCGACAGCGAUCGCUCCUUUCCGCGGGACUGACGAGACUCCACCGGACGAACGCACAAGUGGAGAAGCUGCGAGAAGAACUCGAGCAACUGAAGCCUGUGCUGGAAACGAAGAAAAUCGAGUCGGAGCAGCUCCUUGCCACUGUAGAGAGCGACCGAGCCGCCGCAUGCAGCGAGCAAGAGAGAGUGGCGGCGGAGAGACGACUCGUGAUGGAUCAGCAACAAGAAGUUUCUCUUCUUCAGUCGGAUGCCCAGAAAGAUGUCGACACAGCGAUGCCUGCUCUCGAAGCUGCUCUCGCCUCUCUCGACGCGCUUGACAAGAAAGACCUCACAGAAAUGAAGUCUUUCGCGAAGCCUCCGCCCCUCGUCGUCGCCACAAUGGAAGUCGUGAAUCUCCUUCUCGGGGAGAAAGCCGACUGGGACACCGCCAGAAAGGUUCUCUCCGAUUCAGGUCUCAUGACGAAACUGAAGAAUUACGACAAAGAUCACAUUUCUCUCGGACUGCUGAAAAAACUCGACAAGCUUCUCCAGAGGUCCGAUUAUACACCUGAACAAGUUGGCAAACAAUCUGUCGCAGCCAUGUCACUCUGUAUGUGGACCCUCGCCAUCCAAACAUAUGCGAAAGUUGCUCGAGAAGUUCAGCCUAAGAGAGAAAAGCUCGCUGCGAUGAACGAAAUGCUCGACCGCGCUAGUGCUCAGCUUGCAGAAGCAGAAGAAAAGCUGAGUCUCGUCAUGGCGAAGGUGCAGGCAAUGGAAGAAAGACUCGCGACGCUGAAUGCGGAGAAGGAGAAACUUCUCGAGGAAACAACUCUAUGUCAACAACGUCUCAACCGAGCUGGAAUCCUCACUUCCGGUCUUGCAGAUGAAGCAGCGAGAUGGAAAAACACCAUCUCCAUCCUAAACGAGCAGCUUGUGCUCGUGGAGGGAGACGCCUUUCUCUCGGCCGCUUCCAUUUGCUACUGUGGGCCUUUUACCGGUCGCUUCAGAGGGAUGUUGCAUGCAAGCUGGACUGAACUAGCGAAGCAUUCUGGCAUUGCAUGCGCCGACAAUUUCAGCCUCACAGAAGUGCUCUCCGACCCCAUCGAACUCCGAGACUGGGACCUGCAAGGCUUGCCUUCCGAUCGAACUUCUCUCGAGAGCGGUGUGUUUGUGCGUUCUGCUGGGAAGCUGGGGAGAGCGCCGCUGGUUAUCGACCCCCAGCAGCAGGCGAAAAAGUGGAUUAAAAACCGAGAGUCGGAGAACGGCCUGCGAGUUCUCGAUUUGUCUCACCCGAAGCUCCAAACAAUUCUGACUUCAUCGGUCCGCGUUGGGCAGCCAGUCCUGCUUGAAGAUGUCGGAGAAAGUCUGCCGCCGAUCCUCGACUCGGUUUUGCUUCUGCCGAGAGUGCGCACAGUCGGCUCGAAUCCGAAAAUCAAAAUCGGAGACAAAGCUGUCGAACUGGACCCCAACUUCUCUCUUUUUCUCUCCACCAAACUCGCGAAUCCUCACUACCUCCCUGAGGUCGCCCUCAAGGUCCUCCUUGUUAACUUCACUGUGACUCCUGAAGGUCUGGAGCAGCAGCUGCUCACCGAAGUCGUCAGGCUGGAGACGCCGGACACAGAGAAAAGAGGCACAGAGAUACUUGUGCAGAUCACGAAAGACAAACGCGUCUUAAAGCAACUGGAGGAGUUGAUCCUUCAGCUGCUGUCGGAGACCGGAGGAAACAUUUUGGACGACGAGAAAGUUGUGCAAGCUCUGCACCGCUCUCGGUCAACAGCUGAGAGCGUGACGAGGCGCUUGCAAGAUGCAGAGAGCAUUCUGGAAGAAGUUCAAGUCGCGCGGCGGUUCUACUCGCCUGUAGCCUCUCGCGCGGCGUUGCUGUACUUCGUUGUGGCGAGUCUUAGCGAGGUUGAGUCGAUGUAUCAGUACUCUUUGGAGUUCUUUACGCUCGUCUUCCGAGAAAGUCUCAAGCGAGAGAACGCAGACGCAGCCUCCGUGCAGGCUCGCCGCGAGUCUCUGCUCUCUGCUGCGACCCACACUCUCUUCUCCAAUGUCGCUCGGGGCCUGUUUCACCCGCACAAGCUGCUCUUCGCCUUUCUUCUCGCUGUCGAGAUUCUCAAACAAGAACGCGCCAACUUUCAACAUGACGCUUGGCAGAUGUUCUUGCGGGGCGUCUCUCGUGUAGGAGAGGCGCGGGUGCCUGCAAAUCCUCUGCCUUCCUUGUUUUCGGAGACAGAGUGGAGAAACGUGCAGUUUCUGGAAGAGAACUUGGAGGUUUUCAGAGGGCUGUGCGCCCACAUCGAGGAUCACACAGAGGCCUGGCUCCUGUGGAUCGAAGGCGACAUGAGUCUCGAAGCCAGUCCGUUUCCCUUCUGCGGCUUGUCAGAAGAAGCAAAACUGCUUCCUCAAUUGCUCCUCGUGAAGGCGAUUCGAAGCCGACAGGUCAUCUCUGCUGUCCAGCAGCUGAUUGUCAAGGUGCUGGGAGAAGCCUUCGUGGACUUCAGUCCGUCUCGCUUCCAAGAUAUUUUCGCGGCUACAUCUCACACGACGCCGCUCCUGUUCAUCCUCUCUCCUGGAGUCGAUCCCUCUUCCUCGCUCUUCAAGUUCGCGAGAGAAAAAGGCCUUCCAGACGACGCGCUUCACACCGUCUCCCUCGGCAGAGGCCAGGGUCCCAAAGCCUCCCGGAUUCUUGAAGGCGCGAUGCGAGAUGGAAGCUGGGUGCUGCUGCAGAACUGUCACUUGGCGAAGAGUUGGUUGCCCGUUCUCGACCGAUUCGUUUUUUCGCUUUCUGAGGCAGAGUCGUCGCCGUCCGCCUCUUCUCCUCCCUCCUCGGCCUCCGAAGUUCCUCAAAACAAAGAACGAGAUACGCCGCUCUCUCCCAAAUUCCGUCUCUUCCUGACGUCAAUGCCGGCGCCUUACAUUCCCGUCGCUGUCUUGCAAAACAGCUUAAAAGUGACUCUAGAACCUCCCAGUGGAAUCCGAGCGAACCUGAAGCGCUCGAUCAUGAACACCAUGCAGGAGGACCUCGACCUCUUUGGGCGGGCACCGGAGGGAGUGCCUGGAGACGUCAGCGGGAAAGCCGACGCGUGGACGCGCAUUCGUUUCGCUCUUCAGUUUUUUCAUGCUGUCGUCCAGGGCCGCCGAACCUUCGGAGCUCUUGGAUGGAAUGUCGGGCACCACUUCACGGACAGCGACUUGGACGCUUCGCUCGUUUUGUUCAAGACUCUCUUUCGGCUGCAAGAAAAAGUUGAAGACUUUGACUUUCUGCCGCUGCAGUACCUUGUGGGCAACAUCAACUACGGCGGGUGUAUCACGGACGAGUGGGAUAGAAGAUGUCUAACGAACCUUCUUUCGCUGUACGUGUCUCCCGAAGUUGUUCUCGAAGAAGACGCGCUGUCGCAUCUCGGUCUACAGCGCAUCCCGUACGCGGGGUCGCUAGAAGCUCUCAACCAGUACGUGGAGACUUUGCCUGUAGAAGACAAGCCAGAAUUGUUUGGGUUGCAUCCGAACGCCACUCUCCGUCUCCAUCAAGAGAGAGGCGCCUCCCUCAUUCAGACCGUCCUGAGAAUUGCUUCGAGGGAAAACGCCACCGUCUCUGCUGGAGGUGCGAGGGAGGAUCAAACGCUGCAGUUUGCCUUGCUGAUGAAGCAGAAACUCCCGCCGGUUCUCAAAUGGCGCCCUGUCUCGGCAGAUACAUUUGAAACUCCAAACGGAGAGCGACCAAUUCCUCCAGGCAUGGCUGCACCUCGGAGAGACCACAGACGCGGCAAAAGCAGCCGCCUGUCAGGUGCCGGGGAGUUAGUGUCAGACAGCGAGCAUCCUGUGAAACCUGAGUCGAUGGCCGUCUUUCUGUUUCAAGAAACAGAGCGAUUCAACGCUCUUAUCAACCUCGUGGGCGAAACAUUGCAGCAGCUGGAGCUUGCCGUCAAGGGUCUCAUCUCUAUCACGGGAGAACUGGAUGAAAUGCACACAUGCAUCUCGAACAAUCAGGUCCCGCCGCAGUGGACGGCGCAGGCGUAUCCGUCGCUGAAACCGCUGGGGAGUUGGUUCGAGGACUUUUUACAGCGCGUUGCCGCCCUGCGGCGAUGGACAGAGAGCGAGAAACCUCCAGUGGCAUUUUGGCUCUCAGGAUUUUUCUUUCCCCAGGGCUUCCUCACGGCAGUGCUGCAGAACUACGCCAGAAAGGUCUCGGCGCCAAUCGAUGCUCUUGGCUUCACGUUCCACGUGAUGAGUACAUGCAAACCUGAAGAGCUAGUCGAAGAGGACACCCUUGAGGACAGUUGCUACGUGUAUGGUCUCUACAUCGACGGAGCGCGGUGGAAUUACCACCGGGAAGUCAUUGACGACCAGCUUCCCGGAGCCACGCACGACGUCUUCCCCGUGAUACAGUUUCAGCCUGGUGUCCGGCCAGCUGUCCUUGAUGCAGAUUACACCUGUCCUGUAUAUAAGACGAUGCGCCGUGCGGGUGUCCUUUCAUCGACAGGCCAUUCAACCAACUUCAUUACCGCCAUCGACCUCCCGACAGACCAGCACCCGAGCAAGUGGAUCCUACGCGGCACAGCACUGAUCUGUUCUGUAGAAGACUGAAACUCAUCUAUGCCACUAGCUUGGUCACACACGCCGCAUCCAGCAAACCAACUGAGUGUGCGCUCAUUUAUCUGUAGCUGCCUUC